AUGAUCAACCUGUCACUUCUGAUCCUGAGUCUCCUGAUCGAGCCCCUGACGGGCCUCAGUUUAGGGGCUUACGGGCCGGAUUACGCGCCUCCGCAGCCUGGCAAGCAUAGAGGCAACAAGUUGACGGAAGAGAUGCAAUGGGAGGGCUACUUCCUGACCCAGUGUACCGACAGCACCAACCCGCGGCUCCAGUUCUCGGAGGUCGCCUGGUACCGGAACGCCUCACUGUCGUGCCCGGAGAACGGAAACAAAUACAAGCCACGCUGCCAUCCACCACAUGAUUGGGGCUGGAUCGGUAACCAAGCACCGAUUGACUGGGCGGCCCAACCCGGCGAGUGGGUAAAAUACUCCUCCCCAUGUUGUAAGGCCAUUCGCCGCUACACCUUUAUCUACAUGAACCAAAGGCUGACCACUCUAUGCUACAAGCCUGCGGGCAAGUUCGCCGGCGAAGCUGUAGGGAGCGCCACGUGCUGGGCAGAGUACUUCUGCCAGUAUAAGCCUCCCAAGCCGGCCCCGAAGCGGGUGACUGGGAAGCAUCAGUCUCCUAUGCGGGAGCCGGGGGCCAAAAGUAUCUUGGUGGAGCCCUCGGAGCUGUGA